GUGGCCAAAUUAGAGACGAACGACGCGAUCGACUGGCCGGACGACGAGUUCGCGAGGCUUUCUGACGACUAGAACGGUAGAAGAGACCUUGUCUGCUGGUAUUUUCUUCGACUCUAAGUGGUGGAGAAGGUGUGCGUCUAUAUACCACCUGCUGAUUGAUUCAAACUGCUGAGACGCAAUCUAUACCCCUUGGCUAGCGCCUGUGUAACACGCGCUCUCGGCGGCAAAGAAAAGGAGUGUGUAGUCGUCCGUGUGUAUACUUUGAGUUUGGAAAUUUCGUGAACAGCCUCUUCAGUCGUAUACUGCCGUGUAUGUUUCAGUGCUAGGCGGCUAUAUACGUUUACAUUGACCAAAGAGGAACGGAACGGACGCGGCGCCGGAAGCAGCAGUGACAACAGUGUCUUACUAUCGCCACCACCUCCGGUUGUGUACGGAGGGCGAAGAAUAAAGAAACAGGAGAAGAGCCAUGGGUUGCUGCGCUAGCACGCCUUCCGAGAGACCGAAACCAACGGACGAGAGCAAAGCGUACGUACCGAAGCAGUCGCCCGGAGGCGCUCACUCCAACAACAACGUCCACAUGCCUCCUUCGCAACCGUCACACAUGUACCCGCAGCAGCAGGCCCCGCGGCAGAUGUCGGCGCCCGUGCACCAGCAACAGGGGCCUCGCUCGGGCCCCUUCAACCCGGGCGGCGGCGGGCCGUUCAACCCGGGUAUCGGCGGUCCCAUGCGUCCCCACGGCGGAGUGCUUACGUACGUGGCCCUCUACAGCUACAGCGCCAGAACCGCGGAGGACCUCAGUUUUAUCAAAGGUAAGAUU